AUUGAGAGGUUAGUUUUCUGAACUAGAGUAUAGUUAUUCAAGUGGGCACACUGAUUAAAAGGUUUAGUUGCAACCUGUUGCUAAUGCUCCCAGAAGAAGUUUUAUUCAACGACAAAAAAGGGAAUUCAAAUGGCUGAGAAGGAAGUCUCCAAAGACUGCUGAUCCUGCAAUAAUCCUACUUAACACCGAGACUACAAUGUCAGCAACAAGAGCAAUUCAGCUUUGCAAUGAAGCCAUUCUGUCGGCUGCAAAUCGCCAGCAGACACUGGAAAAGAUGGCCAAACCAUUUUUCCCGGAUUUUGCUAGCAAGGAUAAACGUACAGCAGCAGUCCUAAUAGCACUGUGCGAAGAGAAGGACAAUGUUCUGUCUCUCCUCUACACCCAGCGAUCGGGGAAUCUCUCCCGUCACACGGGUCAAGUUUCCUUCCCUGGUGGAAUGCGCGAUCCCACGGAUACUUCAUGGGAGGAUUGUGCUCUGCGGGAGACAGAGGAAGAAAUUGGUCUAGAUAGACGAUAUGUGGACGUCUGGGGCACCGGAGCACCCCUCAAUGUGCCCUACUCAAAAGUCAUAAUCUACCCUGUUAUUGGGAGUGUGAAGAACUUCAGUGAUCUAAAGUUGAAGAUCAAUCCAGCGGAAGUGGAGAAAGUCUUCACAGUCUCACUGGAGCAUCUCUGCUCGAAAGAAAAUCAUCGACAUACACAAUUCAAAUCAGCAGGAAUCGUCAUACCAGCUUAUGUGAAUACUCCUGCCAAAGUUUGGGGUAUCACAGCGUUCAUGACACACAUCUUCCUGAAAGCCCUACUACCCAAGGAGACCUACAACAGGACAUGGCCAAUCCUGAGAUCCUUCAAAUUGUAGGGAAUAAUAUUUAAUAGAAUUUUAUCUAUUAGGUGCAAAGAGAUUAUCUUCUAAAUUAGAUAGGGACGAAUUUGUAAUGAAUUUUAUAAAAAAAAACGGGUUAUUUGUAAUAAUUUUUUUUUAAAUUGGUAAAGGUGCCUAUAAAAUUAUGAUCCUGAUCCUGAAUAGAAUAAACUAAUUAAAAAUUGUUUCGUGUUAAAA